AUGGCACCCUCGCUCACUGCGCACACCUCUUUCACUCGUCCCCGGACGAGUGAUCGCGAUGCUCGCCCUACGACCCGUGACCAGGGUGACAACAACCUGAUCAUCCCCAGCCGAACGUCGUCGCUUCACUCGAGAAUCACCCAGCCCAUCCCAUCGACCCUCAAUGCCAAGGCCCAGCAACGGACGCCCAAGACACUCACACAUGCGUACAUGGUCUGCGGUGUUGGCCGCGAGCCUUCUCAGUGGGUCAAGGCCCCGGCCCCAACUCAAGGCAAGAUUGGACACAUGAAGGGUGCCGUCGGACAGUUUUGGCUACCAGAGAUUCUGGGCAGUAGCCCGAGGUUGGAGCAGGACAAUGACAUCGCUCGCUCCCUCCAUGCUGCCAUGAGGGCCUGUUUUCCCCACGAUGUCGAGAUCUGCACUGGUCGCAGCCAGCCUCACUGCGUCCACCACGCCUUUGUCCUCCAGCAGGACUCUUCACACACUCUCUACGGCAUCUGCUUGAGGGUGUGGUCACGAGCGGACGAGAAGCGAGCCGAGACCAUUCGUGACCUGAGGAAGAGGACAGAGCCCGAUUUCUAUGACAACACUGAUGAGACAUACUGGAUUCCAUACUGCUUGUCCUUCCUCUCCAGGUACCCACUCUACAACUUGCUGGGUGACUACCUUCGCGGCAUGUGGAUCCACUGGAACAAGGCCACCAACCUCUUCCAUGCCGAAGAGGUUUCGCGCAUCCUGAGCUUCCCCGCGCCACGCCUCAACGAUCUUGUCCGGAUCGAUAUGAAGGACUAUGCCCUGUGCUAUCAGUUCCCAUCGUCCCCAACAGGUUUCCAGAACUUCGCCAUGUGGCCCUUGUUUGCUUGCCUUUCUAUUCCCAACAUCGUUGGAGUGAUUGAGGCCGCCAUCUCACCGACACGUCGCAUCAUCUUCGUCAGCCACUACCCAGCCAUUCUCACCGUGGCUGCCGAGACCAUUCGGUACUGCGUUCGUGUUUAUGAGUGGAGUGGGCUGUACGUACCGGUUGUGCACGCCCGCCACGCCAAGGAGCUCGUUCAGGAGCCCGGUCCCUACAUCCUAGGUGUCACCGCCGAGUGCCGAUCACUCUUCACAGCGCCGAAUGACGCUCUUGUCGUUGACCUGGACCGCAACUUUGUCCUGACCUCUGACCCGCCAACUGCUCUGAAUCCUGGACAGCGCAACAAGUUUGUCACGCGCUUGACUCAGGCGCUGAAUGGAGACGUCACCCCGUCUGGGGUCCCGCAACAUCUGCGCUCCGCAUACGGUGGUGGCAAGCUUGUUCCUGCCGGCCAAAUCAUCGUUAUGCGCGGUGAGGUUGAGUCGAUCCAGGAUCCCGAGUGGUGGAACCAGGACUCCAUCAUGGCUGUCAUGGACCAUGUUUGUGAGAAGAUGGGUCGUAACACCGGUAUCAAGGCCGUCUUGGGUGGUUCUGUCAAGAAGCCGCUCAUGACCAAGGUCUCUAUGAGACAUCUCAAUGAGAUAGUUCGCGAGAGAAACCAGUACUCUCGUGACGCUCAGGAGGCUUGGCAGGAUUUCAUCAACCUGAAGGGCCGUAUGGAUACCGAGCUCGCGAAGGUUACCAAGCGCAACAACUACCUGAACGAGGAGUUGGAGAGCUGGAAGCAACAGUUCCUCAAGUUCCAGGCCUUCGCCGAGACACUCACGAAGGAGACCCAAGACCUCAAGGUUAAGAUCGAGGGCCACAAGAGAGAGAACCGACGUCUGGGUGGCCUCAUUGACCAGCAGAAGGACGAUGCCGCCCGUAUGUCCGUGCGCCUCACUGGAACGGAGAAGCAACGUGAUGACGCACUUGAGGCUCUUGUCCUCCAGCAAGAGAUUGCUGAAGAGCUUGAGCGCGAGCGCAAGAGGAACAAGAAGGAGCUUGCUGCCAUGCAGCACACCAACGUGACCAUCAUGCGCCAGCGUGACGAGGCCCGCCGGGUUGUGCUGCACCUGCGCAGCCUGAUCGGCGGACAGAGCCACCACAUGGAGCAUCUCGUGCAGUCUUUGACUCAUCCCGUCGAUCUGGAGGAAGAGAUUGCAAACGGCUUUGUUGCGGCCGCUGAGGAAGACGGCGGCAUGUCUUCGGUUGACAAGGAGCGCCUCAUGAAAGCCGCUCGCAACAGCAAGCGCUUCUCGACCUCGAGCUUCUUCGAUGUAGCAGACCGUCACUUGAAGGACAAGACUGACGCCAUCUCUCACAUUAUCCGCAACAUCGCGGAGCAGUGCCAAGCUGCUGUGGAGGGUUUGGAGUUGGCCCAUGACGCGGAGAUUGACACCCCUACGGCCAAUCGUCGCAGGAGCAGCAAUCUUUCUGGCCGCUACAGCGAGGACGGUCGCUCGACUGCCGCCUCCGAUAUGGGCGAAGACAGCCAUCUCAACCCCUCGGGACGCACUUCGAGCAUCCCUCCUACUCCUGAUCUGAUCCCCAACCGCAGCUCGACGAGCAUGUCCAUCGCGUCCACCAUGACGACCCCCGAGAGAUCAUCGCAGCAGUACAGCAUCGGCCACGAGAUCCCCACCAAGAUCGUCGAGGAUGACGAGGAGGACUACACGGAGCGCAGCGACAACGAGAUACCUCAGCAAGAGGCUGUUGUCGGCAAGCACGCCGAGUCCCUCAUCCACCGCCCCUCUGGCGCUCGAAUAAGAGACCCUGACUUCAAGAAGCGACGAUCCAUGGAAAUGCAAGCAGCCUGCGAUUGGGCAGAGCAACAAGCGAGAAGGAAAGAAGAGGAAGCGGCGCAACGGAAAAAGAAGCGCGAUGCCGAUUUCAAGAAGAGGCGAUCCAUUGAACUACUGGCGGGCUACGACCAGAACCUCCACAAGCUUUGGAGAUGA